GUCUGAGGAGGAGUUGGGUUUCUGAAAACGGAAUGAGACGGCUCGCGGGCGCCCCAAAGAAUUGGACGGACACACGCGAGGGUCAAGUUUAAAUUGUUCGACAACACUUUGCUGUAUGUGUGUGUGUGCGCGCGCAGGCGUGAGAGCGAGUGUUUGUGUGUGUGAGUGUGAGUCAGCCAGGUGUGCCCGCCGCCCCACCUGAGGUUGCGCACGUCACGUCUCUCUUCCGGUCUUCCGGGUUCGGACUCUCGGUUCCGCCAUGCCGGACGUGAUGAGCGUCAGCGAGUUCAUCACAGAGUGCAACGAUGACUACAAGGCGCCCACCACGUCCAGCUUCUCCACGCGCAUGGCCCACUGCAGGAACAGCGUGGCAGCCCUGGAGGAGGUUCUGGACGUGGAACGCUCUGUUCUGUCUAAGCUGAAGAAGGCAGUGAAGUCCGUCUAUACGUCAGGCCUGACACACGUGGAGCAUGAGGACCAGUACGUCUUUGCCAUGGAGAAGUUGGGCGACAGCUGCAUGUGCGGCGAGGACGCCGCCGUGGGCGCCGCCUUCCUCAAGUUUGCCGUUUUCAGCAAAGAGCUGACAGCGCUCUUCAAAAACCUGGUCCAAAACAUGAACAACAUCAUCUCCUUCCCGCUGGACAGUCUGCUCAAGGGGGACCUACGCGGCGUCAAGGGGGACUUGAAGAAGCCGUUUGAUAAGUCCUGGAAGGAUUACGAGACCAAACUUUCCAAGCUGGAGAAGGAGAAGCGGGAGCACGCCAAGCAACACGGGAUGAUUCGCACCGAGUUCAGCGGGGGCGAGAUCGCCGAGGAGAUGGAGAAGGAACGACGCAUGUUCCAACUAAACAUGUGCGAGUACCUGAUCAAAGUCAACGACAUCAAAGUCAAGAAGGGCGUCGACUUCCUGCAAAACCUCAUCAAGUAUUUCCACGCCCAGUGCAAUUUCUUCCAGGACGGACUGACGGCCGUCGAGAGUCUCAAACCCUCCGUUGAGAAAAUGGCGUCCGACCUGACGGCGAUCAAACAGACGCAGGACGGCGAGAGGAAACAGCUCACUCAGCUACGAGACAUCCUCAAGGGGUCGUUGCAGUCAGAGAGCAAAGAGGAGGCCAAGCCGAAGCAAGGAUACAGCCUGCACCAACUGCAGGGCAACAAGGCGCACGGGACCGAGCGCUCAGGGGUUCUGUCCAAGAGGAGCGAGGGGCUGAGGAAGGUUUGGCAAAAGAGGAAGUGCUCGGUGAAAAACGGCUUCCUGACCAUCUGGCAUGCCACGGCAAAUCGACCACCAGCCAAAUUGAACCUGCUCACGUGUCAAGUGAAGAAGAACGCCGACGACAAGAGGAACUUUGACCUCUUCUCACACGAUCGGACGUAUCACUUCCAGGCAGAGGACGAGGCCGAAUGUCAGAUCUGGGUGUCGGUUCUUCAGAACAGUAAAGAAGAAGCGCUGAACAAAGCAUUCAAAGGCGAUCAGGGCGAAGGCGACAACAUCGUGCAGGAGCUCACAAAGGCCAUCGUCAGCGAGGUCAAGAAGAUCGACGGGAACGACGUCUGCUGUGACUGCGGUGCUCCUGGUCCCUCGUGGUUGUCCACCAACCUGGGUGUGCUGAUCUGCAUCGAGUGUUCGGGAAUCCACAGAGAAAUAGGGGUCCACUACUCCAGGAUCCAGAGUCUGGACCUGGAUGUGCUAGGGACGUCCGAGUUGCUGCUGGCCAAGAAUGUCGGAAACGCCACCUUCAACGACAUCAUGGAGGCAGAGCUUUCUGCGAGGGGCGUGGCCAAGCCUGGGCCCACGAGCGACAUGCAGAGCAGGAAGGACUUCAUCACGUCCAAGUACGUGGAAAAAGCGCUGGUCCGCCACCUGUGCGCCGACGCUGACACUCGCCUGCAGGCGCUCUACCAGGCGGUGCACGACCGUGACAUCCUGGCCCUCAUCCAAGUCUACGGCGAGGGCGUCGACCUGAUGAAGGCCUUCUCGCAGCCCCACGAGCAUGAGCCGGGCGAAACCGUACUCCAUCUGGCCGUCCGCAUGGUGGACAGGAACUCUCUGCACAUCGUCGACUUCCUGGCGCAGAACAGCGCCAACCUGGACCAGCAGACGUCUCAAGGAAGCACCGCGUUGCAUUACUGCUGCUUGACGGACAACAGCGAGUGUCUCAAACUUCUGCUCAGAGGGAAAGCAUCCGUGGCCAUCACCAACGAGUCCGGAGAAACACCGCUGGACAUUGCUAGACGACUCGGACACACUCAGUGUGAAGACCUGCUGACUCAGGCUCAUUCAGGAAAGUUCAACGUUCACGUGCACGUGGAGUACGAGUGGUGUCUCCGUAACGACGACCUGGACGAGAGUGAGGACGAGUUGGAGCCCAUCGUUUCCCGCCGUGACGAGCGGGACCGUCCCGUCAGCUGCUUCGUGGGCGCCGGCGUUCCCGCGCAUCCCGCCAGACACCGCAGUCAGAUUCCCAGCAUGAUGAUCAGCAACGAGACAUACGGCGCCGUGCUGGACCGACACCUGCCGCCCGGACCCAACCCCCCGCUGCCGCCCAGGACCCCCGCCAGAGGGCAGACCACUCAACCGGUUGCCAUGGAAACCAUAGGAAGGCAAAGGUCUUCAUCUGACCCCCCAGCCCUAAACACCCCUGGCAGAAACACCUCCAUGUACAUUCUCCCAGUAGCUCCUCCCCCUCCUCCUCCUCCGCCUCCCCCAGCCAACCACAGGGCCCGGAACACGCCCCUUCCAUCUUUGGCCCCCCCCUCUUCCCCCCCGCCACUGCCUCUGGCUCCACCUCUUCACCACAAAGUGCCACCCCCACCUCCACCAGCCAGACCACCAGGACCCAAAUCACCCAGCAGAUCAGACAAACAAGCUCCACCGAGGUCGUCUGUUAGAAGAGCACCGAUAGACAGACGAGCUUCUCAGGGGGAGUCUCCCCAAGGCUCUUACCCCCCAACACCCAAACCAAGAACCACCUUCAGCCUGUCCAGGCCCAAAAGGGUGCGAGCCAUCUACAGUUGUUCUGCGGACAACCCUGACGAGCUGACCUUCGAGGAGGGCGAAGUGAUCGUGGUGGAGGGCGAGGAAGACAGCGAGUGGUGGGCCACGUGGAGGCAGAACCUGCACGACGGGGAGUCUUUCCAGUCACCUUCGUACAUUUUAUCACCGAAUGACGCCCAGUCCCGCUCCCGCAGUCCCCAAGUUAUCAUCGGGACCAACUGCUGCAAUCAAGGGAAAUUGUGGGGCGGGGAAAAAAAAAAAGGGAAACGUUUGGGAAUCACUGCUCCAGUCUUCCGGUACUAGUUAUCCAGUCCUAGUCAUCUAAUCUAUUGUUUCGCAACGGUUUUCAUCCUGCUACCCACAUUUUUCUAUUAUCACUUAAAGUGCCUUUCAGAGCACCUUAUUAAGAAACUGAGGAUGAAAUUUUAACUUGGGACUGAUUUCUUCUUUUUAGGAAAAUGCACAUCAAUAAAUUCAUUUUAGGAAAUGAAGGCCGCAGACCAAUGCAACUGAUUUAUUAUACGGUUCCUACAGUAUACAUUUUUUACUACCUGUCCGCGAUCCGCUUUUGGGUCCCAACCGACCAGUUGAGAAUCACUGCUCGAGUCUAGUCAUUCCCAAUCUUUAUUGAGCCAAUGCACGUCCAGUGGUGCCUUGAAAUAAGAGUUUAUUUGGUUCUGUGGCCACGCUCGUAACUCAAAUCAAAUGUAUUUGAAAAUACCACUAUAAUAUUGUACUUUAUAAAAACAUAUAGUAAUGAGAAUUAAAUAGAAUUUAAAAAAGAAAUGGUUUUUGCCACCCUUUGUCCUUUAAUUGUGCUCAUUCUGAUGUGUCCGCCUUGGCCACCUGGGGCAGUAUAGGACAAACGGAUAAACUGUUCAUUGCGACGUCUCAGCUCCUCUUAGCUCAUCAGUAUGUCACUAAUAUUAGUAAUUCCUCACAUAGGACAAAUAAUAUAUGACUGUUCUGUAUUGUUAUAUUGUCUGUCUCAAUGUGUUGCGGACCAUUUGUGUUCAGAUAUCUGUUGCUUAAAGGGUACCGAUGCCACCACAUAGAUGCUAAUUGUUAGCCAAUGUGCUUAUGGAGUAUCCCAUUGUAUGCUAGCAUUCAGGUAGCCGAGGCUAUGUGUUUGCGUUAAAUAAACUGUGUGAAAUUUUCUUUGUUUAGUUGGACAGUAAACUUGAGGUGAGUGUGGCAAAAACCGCUUGAAGCCUCUUUUUUUGAAGAUUUUUUUCACCAUCUGCCCAAUUGCUGCUGCUUGUUAAGUGGGCUGAGUUCACUGCCACCAUCACUGCUUGCAUCUCAAGUUUAACCUCACAAGUCAAAGCAAAUAUUUGGCCGAACAUAUCAUAUUUGCAACAUUCUUGAGUGAGAUUUUUUUCCAAUGUAAAAUAUGUGCCUUGGCUUAAUAAAGGUUGAUAAUUACUA